AUGAGUAAUUACAUAUUUGAGCUCUUCAGUGAAAUAGACUAUGAUUAAAAAGGCUUUAUAAUUAAAAAGGAUAUCAAGAAAUUCCUUACAACCUUAAAUUAUCCAAUUAUACCAAAUUAAAUACGCCAAAUAUUCUAAGAAGGUGAUUUAAAUAACGACAAUAAAAUAUAAAUAGAUGAAUUUGAGCAAUUAUUUACAAACUAGAAGUCCAAAAUUUAAUAAAUCUUUGAAUAAAUCGAUUUAAAUAAUGAUGGUUAUUUAAACCGCGAAGAAAUUAUGAAAACUUUCCAAAAAUAAAACUUUUCAGAUUAAUAAAUCGAGAAAUUAGUCUCAGUCCUAGAUUUUGAUAAAGACAAUCAUAUUUCAUUAAAAGAAUUCGUUAAAUUCUAUUUCCUACUUCCUUCUGAAAAUAUUAAAGCUCUUUUUGACAUUUGGGAGCGUGCUUCGGAAAUUAAUAACCAAGAAUUCGUCUCUAUUCCUAUAGAAAAAGAUAAUAAAGUACCCACUUAAGACAUUCUUAUUGCAGGAGCAGUCGCAGGAGCAUUUUCAAGAACUGUCACAGCCCCUUUAGACCGAUUAAAAACACUUAUGUAAUCUUAAACUAAGGAAAAUAGUAUUGGAAUAGUGAAAGGGUUUGUAAAUAUAUAUUAAAAAUAAGGCAUUAAAGGCUUCUUUAGGGGUAAUGGCACUAAUGUGAUUAAAAUAGCUCCCGAAACUGCAUUUUAAAUGCUUUUAUAUGAUAAAAUAAAAGCCAUAGUUUCAUCUGGUAGAUCAAAACAAAGUCCUUUUGAAAUGUUUUUAUCCGGUAGUCUAGCAGGUAUUUCCUCUACUGUUUUAUUUUUUCCUAUAGACAUUGCAAAAACUAAGUUAGCAUUAACAGAUUCUUCGGUUUAUAAAGGACUUUUUGAUUGUGUAUAAAAAAUAAAUAAAUAAGAAGGUCUUAAAGGGUUAUAUAAAGGAAUUUUACCAACAUUAUAUGGAGUUAUUCCUUAUGCGGGAAUAAAUCUAACUACUUAUUAACUUUUAAGAGACUAUUAUAUAUAAAAUUGUACUGAAAGCCCUUCACCGAUAGUACUUAUGGGAUGUGGGGGUAUUUCUAGUUUAUGUGGUUAAGUUUUUGCUUAUCCAUUUUCUUUAGUUAGGACUAAGUUGUAAAUGUAAGGUAUUCCAGGAUUUAAGUAAUAAUAUGAAGGGAUGGGAGAUUGCUUUAUAAAAGUGUUUAAAUAAGAUGGAUUUUGCGGAUAUUUUAGAGGAAUUUUACCAUGUAUCAUGAAAGCUAUGCCUGCUGUAUCAUUAAGUUUUGGAGUUUUUGAGUAUAUAAAAAAAGAAUUAAAAUAAUAAAGAGAAGAAAAAUGA